AUGGCGCCCGCUAAAGGCAGAUUGUUAGCAAAUACAGAUUUCCCUCUUUAUGCCGUUCGUGCAUUGGGCGAUAGACAUUUUCUUGUUGCUGGUGGUGGAGGACAAGCUAAGACAGGUGUCCCCAAUGCUAUUGAAAUCUACGAAGUGAAGUUGGUAAAGAAUCAACUUGUAGCCUCAAGCUUGUGUCGCUAUGAUACUGGGAUUCAAGCCGUUAUGAACUGUGCCACAUUUUACGAUGGUCGGCAUCACAACCUCGCAACUGGACAAGAUGAUGAAUGCCACACAUACUCACUCAAGUAUAAGGUCGUCAUCCCAGAACUAAAAAAAGGAAACACAAAGGAUGAAUCGGUGAGGAAAAGGAAAGGUGAUGAUAAAAAAGAGAAGCAUGACAUCACAAAGCAAGUGACCUUUGACAUCCAGCACUUAGAGAGUGUUCGGUCUGACUUUGACAAAGAUAACAGUUUCCAGAAGGUUGUGAGGUUUGGUUCCGAUGACAAGCUGCUAGCCACUGGUGGUGCAGAUGGCUUUCUACGUGUGUGGAAUUAUCCAGAUAUGAAAAAAGUUUAUGAAGUAAAAGCCCACAAGAGUGACAUUGAUGACCUCGCAUUCAGUCCGGAUGGAAAACAUAUUGUCACGAUAUCCCGAGAAGCAAAUGGUAAAAUAUGGAAUGCCAAAGAAGGCAGCGAAAAUUCCGAUCUGGUUUGGGGUAGUAAUUCACAACAGUAUAGAUUUAGAUGUUGUAGGUACGGUGUUGUAGAAAAUCAAAAGUCUAAGUUUAGUUUGUACACUGUGAGCAUUCCUAGCAAGAGAGACAAAAAACCACAGAACUGUUACCUCACUAUGUGGGACGGAUCCAAGUACAAAGUUAAAAAGAAACAAAAGACUGGAACAGAAAUCUUGUCUUCCUUGGCAGUUAGCGAUGAUGGUAUUUACUUAGGGGUGGGGAUGAUCUCAGGAAGUGUGGCAGUGUACAUUUCAUUUAGUUUACAGAAACUGUAUUAUGUAAAAGAAGUUCAUAGUAUAUUUGUGACGGGAGUUGACUUCCUGUCUGCAUCUGAAGGUGCGCGAGCGGUGACUGGUUCACAGGACUUCACUAUGCUCAGUGUGUCGGCAGACAACUCCGUACGCAUUCAUCAGGUUCCGGUCCGAGGUUCAUUCAGUAUCAUAUGGAUAGUUGUGGGUGCCUUGUUACUGAUCUAUCUAAUGUUCUGGCUGAUGUCAACCAUUGGUAUUUAACCGUCAUCUGUGUAGAACAUACUUCCGGUGAAAUGAAGGUGUGGAUCCAUGGGGGGCGUAAUGUAGUCUGGAAACACCUUGCUCAUGACCCAAAAAAAAUCUGCUUAUUUUAAAGUGCAUUCACCGCCAAUAUACAACUUCAUUUAAGUAGUUGCAUGUAGACAUCCCGGCAAGAAUUCCUGGAUGUGCGUCUGGAAUGACUAUUGAAACCCAAAUGGAAUGUUUAUAAAGCUUAGACAUUCAACUGGAGAAAUAGGUUCUGUUAUAUAACAGUUUUGAAAAAAAAAAAUUAAUAACAUUAGUUAAAGAUUUUAAUAAAACUUUAUGACAAUUAAUCCCAAGUUUCCACGUCGUAGUAGUACCAGGGCCCAUGCCUAUAAAUUGUUUAGUCUAGACUCCAUCUUUAAUGAUGUCACACACAUACAAUUUCUAUGGCGUUGCUAUGAUGUUAAAGUCUGAGACUCAAUGGCGUCUUGAGUCCAGACUCUGCAGGUUUUAUAAGCAUGUUGCCAGCAUCAUUUUAAUUCGAAGCAAUUGUCUUCCUGAGAUUGGAAAGUGCAGCUAAAAGAAAUCUUGCUGCUUAACAAAAGGUCCAUUGUUGGUCAUUGUGGAAGACUACUUACAACAAGCAAGAAAUAAUUUUCACACAUCCCUAGCCAUGAAAGACAGACCCAUUUCAUGAUGUCAGCCCAUGCGGAAUAAACCUGUCUUGCAUGGGCAAGCCUCAUCCUGGGUCGUUAUACCAGUGCAAAUAUGCUCAAUACAAUAUUGUAGUGAAAUCUCAAGAAUGUAGAACAUUGUUUCAUUUGAUAUUAUCUUACUAAACCUGUUAUUGGUAA